CAGAUAAAUACUUAAGAGAGCAAAAUUUCCGUGUUCUAGAGAGAGAAAGAGAAAGUGCCGUCAUUUUUUGGGAAAAGGGUCGAAGCAGAAGCACAGUCUGAAGAGAUAGCGUAAUGGGCCAAAGUGAGAGAGACCCAAAAUUGGUUCUUUCGGUUUUCCCCUGAAACCUCUCUUUCCGGUUCAAAAAUUGGUUUUUCCCUCUUCAUCGGGGAAAUUGCAAUACAAGUUAGUUGCAUUAUGGAAGCACAAAAUAGUUGGUCUUGUCUUGAGAGGUUCAAAGAUUUCAGAUUUUUCUCAUUUUGAAUGGUGUCUAAGAAUUACUAAACAUCUAGAACUUACUUUUGUCUCGGUUUCUUAAUGAAUUAUUCUCUUAAAAAGAAAAAAAUAUGGAAUAAUGGAACAAUCAAGAUUCUACAAACAGCAACAAUGCAAUACCAAGGAACCUAGAAAACAGGAGUUCCUGCCUGGAUCUCAUUCAGUAAUGCAGGACCAUAUGGAUGGCAUACAUACUAUUAGAAGACCAUCUGAGUAUAACAAAUCCGAUGUUAAACCAGUACUUAAUUAUUCAAUACAAACAGGUGAGGAAUUUGCUCUUGAAUUUAUGCGAGAUAGGGUGAAUCUCAGAAAGCCUGUGUUUUCAAAUGCUAGUGAUUCCAAUUCCAAUUAUACAACUGGUUUUAUGGAACUGAAAGGCGUUUUAGGCAUCAGUCAUGCAGCAUCUGAAAGUGGGUCAGACAUUUCUAUGCCCACAAGGGCUGAGAAAGGUCCAACUGAGUUUAACAGACGGAGUGCAUCUUUACAUGGAGACAGAAACAAUUAUGGGUCUAUUCGAUCAAUACCAAGAACUUCAUUGAAUCGGGAGGAUAGUCGAUUUGUACGUGGGUAUGGCUCUUCUGUUGGUUCUGAUAGCUCAUCAAUGAUGAUGAAGUGUCUCUGUAGCUUUGGUGGUAGAAUAUUACCACGACCAAGUGAUGGAAAACUAAGGUAUGUUGGAGGUCAAACUCGUAUUCUUUGUAUAAGAAAGGACAUAUCUUGGCAGGAGUUUAUGCAGAAAGCUUUGUUAAUCUAUAAUCUGGUUCGAGUAUUAAAGUAUCAACUUCCUGGGGAAGAUCUUGAUGCUUUGGUAUCAGUAUCAUCUGAUGAGGAUUUGCAGAAUAUGAUGGAGGAAUGUAAUCUUCUAGAAGAUAGAGAACGCUCGCAAAAGCUUAGGUUAUUUUUGUUCUCAAUGAGUGAUUUGGAAGAUGCUCAGUUUGCUCUCAGUAGCAUCGAUGAUGAUUCUGAGGUCCAAUAUGUUGUUGCUAUUAAUGGCAUGGACUUGGGAUCAAGAAACAACUCAACCCCACUUGGUGUUAACUUUUCAACAGAUGAUAUACAUGAAUUUGACAGGCAAACUAUGGAGAGGGGGACUAGUAGAGUUGCUGUAGAAUCUGUAGGUGUCAGCAAUGCUCCCUUGACUAACAAAUCUGACUCUUCAUUGACUAUUCAUUCUUCACAACCAGUUCUACCUACUUCUUCAAAUGCUUAUGAAACUGAUCCACUGUCUUAUGGUGACCAAAUGAUGCAAGUUGGGGAAACUAGUCAUCACUAUCUUGUUCACCAUGGCCUAAAUCCCAUGCAGAACCCUGUGGUUGGAGAGACUCCUAUUCCUAUGGCUCCUCAUCUGCUGAAUAGUCAACAAGGAGUUCUGAAUGAAGAAUAUUCUCCCAGUGGAUUACAAAUACAAAAUUCUGAGUUAACUACAAUGCAGGUGAAAAAGACAGGUGAUAGUUCAGUUAAACAAGGGAGUGAUCCAGGUAAUGUUUUAUCCUUGGAAACCCCAUCCCCAACUCCCUCACAGCCCUUUGAUAGUUGCUUGAAAAAUAAUUUUCCUGAAGCAUCAAUUGUAGUUACCAUGCCUGAGGGGCAUCUACCUUCAUUGCCUGCAACCAAAGAGGUUCAGCACCAAGAUUAUGAAGAGGCCUCUUCUACAUCUAGCAGUGCAUUUGUUCCCCCUUAUGUUGAUUCCCACUCCAAUGCAAUUGAUUUGAGUUGUCUUCAUCCUCCUCCAGUUCCUAAAAGAGUUUACUAUUCAGAAAGAACUCCGAGGGAGCAAGUAGAGUUGCUGAAUCAGUCCUCAAAGUCAGAUGACACUCACAGUUCUAAGAUUCAUGUGUCAGAUUUACUUUCUGAUGUCAACCAAGAGGAUCCAGUAACAGGAUCUGGUGACAGCUUGCAUGAUGGUAAAAUGUUAAAUCCAACUGAGGAAUUGGGUAUUACAGCAAAGCCCUUACUAGCAGCAGGCCAUACCACUGAAAAUGGGUUUUCCAAAAAUCAAUUGAGCAAACCAUCACCAGAUGCAAACAGUCUGAUUAAGUCAAAUCUAUCAGAGCUCACAGAUUCUGAAUUGAUGAAGCCGGUUUUACCAAGCAAUGAAGGAACUGAAGAUGUGGAAACUGAAAAUUAUCAUAAAGAUAACCACACCAAAUCUUUGGUUGAUGAAACUGAAUCCAAAAUCAAAACCAAAGAUGGUAAAUCAGAUCUCCCUGCUUUGCAUCAUGUUUUAUCUGAUAACCAUCUUGAUGACCCAGCAUCCAAUCUUCCAGAGAUUGAUUGGGGUGAAGCCUCCGAGAAGGAAUCUAGUGAUAGUUGUAUUGUUCACGAACUACCUGUUUCUUUAACAAGGAACAUAACCAAGGAUGUUUAUCAUGAUUUCUCCCCAAAUGUGGUUUCCAAACAAGCACAAGGUGACAUUCUUAUUGAUAUUGAUGAUCGAUUUCCCCGUGAAUUGCUUUCUGAUAUGUUUUCUAAAGCAAUACUUGGAGAAGAUUCCUCCAGUCUACAUCCACUAUCCACAGAUGGAGUAGGCUUAAGCAUAAAUAUGGAAAAUCAUGAACCUAAACGAUGGUCAUAUUUUCAAAAGUUAGCUCUAGAAGGGCUUGAUAAUGUCUCUCUUAUUGAUCAGGAUCAUCUUGCUUUUUCACCUGUGAUAGGAAAAGCAGGAGAUAAUCAAACUCAUCUUGCUAUGCCACUAACCACUGAUGGAGUUCCUCUACAUCAUGAAGAUUCCCACCUCAAUUUUGGUGAUGAAAAUCAUGAGGACUUGCAUAGAAGAACUGGAACUGAAACCACUGUUUCAAAGUCCAAUUAUGAUCCAUCCCAACUCAAGGACUCAGAAAGCAUGCAGUUUGAUGCUAUGAUGGAAAAUCUGCAAACACAAGAGUCAGAGUUUGAGGAUGGCAAGUUUGAUACCAAAAAUAGCAAUCUACCUCCGCUUGCAUCUUUAGGAGAUAUUGAUAUCAGUACUGUGCAGGUCAUUAAGAAUGAAGAUCUUGAAGAGAUGCGAGAACUAGGUUCUGGUACAUUUGGGACUGUGUAUCAUGGAAAAUGGAGGGGAACAGAUGUUGCUAUUAAAAGAAUAAAGAAGAGCUGCUUCACCGGCCGAUCAUCUGAGCAAGAGAGACUGACUGUAGAGUUCUGGCGGGAAGCAGACAUUCUUUCCAAGCUUCAUCAUCCAAAUGUGGUUGCAUUUUAUGGUGUGGUACAGCAUGGACCAGGAGGAACGAUGGCCACUGUUGCAGAAUACAUGGUGGAUGGUUCUCUUAGGCGUGUAUUACUUCACAAGGAUAAGUAUCUUGAUCGCCGCAAGAGGCUGAUAAUUGCAAUGGAUGCAGCUUUUGGAAUGGAAUAUUUGCACUCAAAAAACAUUGUGCAUUUUGACUUAAAAUGUGACAAUUUGCUUGUGAAUUUGAAAGAUCCUUUACGGCCAAUAUGCAAGGUUGGGGAUUUUGGCUUAUCAAAAAUUAAACGAAAUACCUUGGUUACUGGGGGUGUGCGGGGGACUCUACCUUGGAUGGCACCAGAGCUACUGAAUGGCAGCAGCAACAAGGUCUCAGAAAAGGUUGAUGUGUUCUCCUUUGGCAUAGUAUUAUGGGAAAUUCUGACUGGUGAGGAGCCAUAUGCCAAUAUGCACUACGGUGCAAUUAUAGGCGGGAUUGUAAAUAACACAUUAAGGCCAAACAUCCCAAGUGACUGUGAUCCUGAAUGGAGAACACUGAUGGAGCAAUGUUGGGCACCCAAUCCUGCAGCCAGACCAUCCUUCACAGAAAUUGCCAGUCGCUUGCGCACUAUGUCUGCAGCAGCUAGCCAAACCAAAACACAAGGUCACAAGGCAUCUAAAUGACUUAUAGACAUAGUUACAGGCCUCCCUCUCUUCUCUCAUGCAAUAUUGGCAUUCAUAUUAUCCUAUUUUAUUAAUUUGAAGGUGUUCCAAGGGAAGCAAAUUAUACAAGGGUGGUUCUAUACUGUAUGAUUCUUUUUCUUUUUUAACAUAAUAAUCUAAUACCACACUAUGCAAAGUUGUAAACCGAUGCUUUGAUACAAGUGCAAAAUUGUCAUUUUAGUUUCUGUAUAUUGUAUAUUCCCUUUCUUAUUCCUUGUUUUUUUUCAGUCAUGGAACUGGUAAAACCACAUUGGAGAGAGAAUUGGUAUUAUUACUGUCUAGGCUGUGUUACUGACGCCUGGCAUCUCAAAGGGGCAGCAGCCUCAUUUAGAAAAUUAUCUCCAUUCUGCCAUUAUAAUAUAUUGUAUUGUCACCUCU